GCGGAGCCGGCGGGCGCGGGUGCGGGCGGCGGAGCGCGGCGGGCGCGGGCGGCGGGGCCGGCGGGACCAUGGACCGCGGCGAGCCAGGUCUGCUGAGAACAGAUUCGGUACCUGAGGAAGGAGAAGAUGCUGUUGCAACCAUCAAUACGACAGAGGCCCUAACAGAGGAGGAGCAAGAGAAGCUGAGAAGAGAACUUGCAAAGGUCGAGGAGGAAAUCCAGACUCUGUCGCAAGUGUUGGCAGCAAAAGAGAAGCAUCUCGCGGAGCUCAAGCGGAAACUGGGCAUCAAUUCUCUACAGGAAUUCAAACAGAACCUUGCCAGAGGGUGGCAGGAUGUUACAGCGACGUCAGCAUACAAGAGAACAUCCGAAACCUUAUCUCAAGCUGGACAGAAGGCUUCAGCUGCUUUUUCGUCUGUUGGCUCAGUCAUCACCAAAAAGCUGGAGGAUGUCAAAUUUCAAGCCUUUUCACAUUCCUUUAGUAUACGCUCCAUUCAGCAUUCAAUUAGCAUGCCUGCUAUGAGAAACUCCCCAACUUUCAAAUCAUUUGAAGAAAAAGUGGAAAACUUAAAGUCGAAAGUAGGGGGAACCAAGCCUGCUGGUGGUGAUUUUGGAGAAGUCUUGAAUUCGACUGCAAAUGCCAGUGGCACCGCCUCGGAGCCCCUUCCAGAACAGAUGCAGGAGAGCCCAUGAGAUUUCUACCUUUGUUCUGCUACCCACUGCCAGAUGCUGCAAGUGAGAUCCAAGUACAUCUUGUCAACGUUCAUCGCCAUGAAUUUCCACCAGAUGUGCUUUUAUUUAGUUUUACAGAUUCCUUUAACCAAAUAGUUUCUGGGUUGAAGUAAAUAAAGAUAUCUUAACCUGUG